AUGACGGACGACGCAGGUGCGAAUGCCAACAAGAUCCUGCUCCAUGCGGCCAGAACGGACCAUCUCGAGAUGCUCAAUUCUGUGCUGAAUGCACAGCCUCCUAUGCCAUACGACAUCAACUGUGUGGAUGGAUUGGGGAAUACCGUAUUGCACUAUGCAUGCGAAAACAUGUCUACCCACGUCUUGGAUGCCAUCCUCGAGCAGGAAAUCGACGUGGACGCUCAGAACCGCAUUGAGGGCGAUGCGCCCCUGCAUGUGGCAUGCAAGGUGGAAAAUGAAGCAGCUCGCAACUGGCUUGUACAGCAGCUGCUUGACGCCGGCGCCACGACCACGACGCUGAACCGGGCAGGAUUGCGUCCAGUCGAUCUGAUUGUGGGUGCGCGUGCCGAGACACCGCUUGGCAAGGAGCUCAUUCAAAUGCUCACCAUGACCCAAGCCGAGAAUGCCCUCGGUGCAGAUGAUAUUGCCUACGACGAUGGCGACAUCGAAGGCGAGGUAUCCGAGUAA